AUACUGGCAACCCCAGAGCAAACACUGAUUCCCAAUAAUACGCCAAAACAUUCUACAUACCAAAACAAAACUUCUAUUCAGCAUAUUUCUGCUGCCGUUUACAAACCUUAAACAAUGUUUAAGCCGACAUUCAAAUUGGUACUCGUGGGCGAUGCUCAAACGGGCAAAACCUCACUGAUAAAACGCCAUCUCAACGGCACUUUUGAUGAGUUCUACGUGCCCACUGUGGGACACGAUAUACAGACUCUCGAGUUUCGCACAAAACGUGGACCUGUGUGGUUUACUGUCUGGGACACUGCUGGCCAGCCGAGGCACGAGGGCCUACGCGACAUUUGCUACACUGGCAGUCAUUGUGCCAUCAUCAUGUUUGAUGUGACCACAACCGCCAGCUAUGAGAGGGUUGCCUACUGGCAUCGCGAAUUAUUGGCCACCUGCGGCACUAUACCCAUUGUUAUGUGCGGCAACAAGUCGGAGAUUAUCAAGGAUCGUGAGGUCUUCAAAUGGCAGUCGCAGUACUUUGAUAUUUCGGUGAAGAACAACUACGGCUGCAAGACGCCAUUUUGCAGGCUCUUCUAUCAGCUGAUUGGCGAGCGUUUCAAGUAUUGUGCCAUAGUGCGACCGCAUCUAAAAAUGAUACAGGAGCACGAUGAAAAUCAAGAGGCUGCGGAGAUGGAGAUGGAAGUCGACAAGGAAGAGCAAAAGAUACCGGAGGUGCAAAAUGAAGUCAAGCCAAUGGAGAUCGAUGAGGUAUGGCGCUCAAUUUCAAUCCCAAUAAGCGUAGCCAUGAUAGAGAAGAAGGAAAUGGAAGAUAUGCGCAUGGAAAUUGAUGGGGAAGAGUUCUAAAGUCCAACAAGCGAAACCAUUCAGCUAUUUAUAACUCAAGGAAAGCUUAUUUUAAAGCUGAUUUUUCGAAAUUAUUAUAGUUACUGUGAAUAAAAUUUUAACCAAAAGUAAA